GCUCCCGCGCCUUGCGUUUCCAGCCGGAGCUUUUAGGCGGCGCGCGGCGCGGGGCGCGGGGGCCGCCAUGUCGCGGCUGCACCGGAGCAGGAUCGCCGACUUCCAGGAGGUGCUGGGCGAGCCCACGGUGGCGCUGGGCAAGCUGCGCGACCUCUGCUUCAGCGGAAUCCCCUUUGACGGCGGGCUGCGCUGCCUGUGCUGGAAGAUUCUCCUGAACUACCUCCCUUUAGAGAAAGCCUUAUGGAGCUCUUUGCUGAAGAAGCAGAGGGAUCUGUAUUCUCAGUUUCUGAAGGAAAUGAUUAUCCAACCUGGGAUUGCCAAAGCCAAUUUGGGUGUUUCCAGGGAAGAUGUGACCUUAGAAGAUCAUCCUCUCAAUCCAAACCCAGACAGUCGAUGGAAUACCUACUUCAAGGAUAAUGAAGUGCUUCUCCAGAUCGACAAAGAUGUCAGGAGGCUGUACCCGGACAUGGCAUUCUUCCAGCGUCCGACUGACUACCCCUGCCUCUUAAUCCUGGACCCUCAGAAUGAGUUUGAGACGCUGCGCAAGCGSGUAGAGCAGACCACACUCAAGUCACAGACGGUGGCACGAAACCGCAGUGGGGUUACAAAUGUGAGCUCCCCUCUUAAAACACCUCCUAACUCUCUGAGCGAGUAUGAAGUUCUGCCCAAUGGCUGUGAAGCUCACUGGGAAGUGGUGGAGCGAAUCCUCUUCAUCUAUGCCAAGCUGAACCCCGGGAUAGCGUACGUGCAGGGGAUGAAUGAAAUAGUGGGGCCUCUUUACUACACCUUUGCUACAGACCCUAACAGCGAGUGGAAAGAGCACGCAGAAGCAGAUACAUUUUUCUGCUUUACCAACCUAAUGGCUGAGAUUCGGGACAACUUCAUUAAGAGCUUGGAUGAUUCUCAGUGUGGCAUUACCUACAAGAUGGAGAAGGUCUAUUCCACCCUGAAGGAGAAGGAUGUGGAGCUGUAUUUGAAACUGCAAGAACAGAACAUCAAACCUCAGUUCUUUGCCUUCCGCUGGCUGACACUGCUCUUGUCCCAAGAGUUCCUGCUGCCGGACGUCAUCCGUAUCUGGGACUCCCUCUUUGCUGAUGACAAGCGUUUUGAUUUCCUUCUGCUCGUCUGUUGUGCCAUGUUGACACUAAUUCGGGAUCAGUUGCUGGAAGGAGACUUCACUCUGAACAUGAGGCUGCUACAGGAUUACCCUAUCUCUGAUGUUCACCUGAUUUUAAAGAAGGCAAAGGAACUUCAGGAUUCCAAAUAGUCCGUGAGCCUGGCAAAAAAGUGUCAGAGAAACUGCAUGGCAGUGGAUCCUAGGAGAUGUCCUUGUACAGUAUGGUGCACUAAAACUCCUAGAGAUCUCUGCAGGACUUCAAGUUUUGUGUUUUGGCAACUGGCCACCUUGAAGAUUUUCUUCUACUCUAUUUAUUAGGUCAAGGACUGAAUACUUCCCCAUCUACUUGGGUCCUGCACUCCAUAUUUUUCAAAUCUUAAACACCUCCAUACUGCCAAAAGCAGUUCUUUGUAUCUUUUUUUAAUGACUUUAAGUCUGGGGAGAAAGAAACCAUCUAUCUGCAUAUCCCUCAAGUCCUGUGGGAUGAAGUCCUUCUGCAUUAAGGAAGUCUGCUCGCGCGGAGUAACUUCCAAUGAGGAAGGGACAAGUUGGAUCCAGUGAAGUUGGUGGGUGAGUAGAGAAGGGUCUUUCUCCUGUAAAUAGAAUGUAUCCCACCGAAGUCGCUCAUUCUGCCGUUCACGGGGCUUCUGGAUUCUUCUCCUUCAUGUCUGCCAUCAUGGGGAUGUGUGGAAAGGAGGACUGCAUCAGCUUGUGGUGUGUGUCACCCAACAUCCAGCUGCUUGGACUGCCGCGUGGGAGAGAGACUGGGAGAAGCCGAGAUGGUCGGACACAGCUACAGGCGGCCGCUUCGCGCGCGCAAGUUGCCCGAAUCCAGAUUCGCCUUAUCAACAAGGUCUCCUCGAAAGAUAGACUAUGGUGGUUUUAAUCAACGAGGGAGGUGUAGUCUAAGUCAAGCCUUAUUACGCACAGCCUUAGAGCAGGCAGUUGUUGCUGAAGGGAGGCCGAUACCUCUAGCAGCCUGAUCAGCAGCAGUACUGAUUUCUGAGCUCUGAACUGAAGGAUAUCCAGCUACAAUCAGGAUUCUGAAACACAAGAAAUGGGUAUCUAGUACAUGCUGUGAAGACAGCUGGGUUUAGGGGCUUAUAUUGGCAUGGCUUUGGGGUUUUCUGCCUCAGUGACUUGCAUAAUAUUGCCCUAUAUAAGCUGUGGUCACGGUAACCUUGAAAUUGUCUAACAACAAUUCUUGUCGGGAAGGGUGUUUUGCUUUUAGGUCAGACCUGUACCAUGUCUUUUCCUGGUGUAACCCAGUGGGGAUACAAGCAUUUCGGUCAUUAGCUGACCCUUGGGAAUGGUCCAGUUCUCUGUGUGCCAGCCCUAUGGGAGUCACUGUCCUGAAUUGGAGGUUUGUCCCUUUUGAGAGGGAAACCUUURCAUUUCAAAUACAGUGGAUCAGGCUGAGGUGAAAGAAACGUUGACCUGCAGGAAUGUCAAGUUAAUCAGAACCAUAAUCCUCCUCACUGGGAGGAACUGGAGCACCCAAGUGCUCUGACUGCAAAAGCUCUUGAACACUAAUCCAGCAUGCUUUAUUCUUUCCAUGCUGUGCUGGCUCACCUCUGCAUAGCUGUUUGACACUGCACUUUUCUGUAUUUAUGGGUACUGAUUUGUUAAAGGGUGGUCUUUUACUUUCUAAGAUCUGCUAAUACUGCUGAUGAGCUGAAAAGGCCCUAGCAAGGGGUGUAGUCAGCUUUUGUACUAGUGGUCUUUCCGUCACCUGAGGCCAGUUCAUUGUAAGCUACUGUAAUUUUCACAAGAAUGGGUGAGGAGACCAGAGGACAGGUUGAAACACAUUUUUACAUUCUUUUUGGCAAUCUCAAGCAGUUGUUUUUUGGGUUUUUUUUCUGCCUCUUCAAAUGAUGCUUUAGUGACGCAGAUGCAGCCAGGUGUUGCUGCUGUGGUAGAACAAGAGCAACUGAAGGUUUAAGCAAUCUGAAACUAAUGCCUAUGGCUAAUUGUGUCCCUCUGURGUGGAACUCUUUGCAGAGGGUAGAUUGUUUUUGUCCUCCAAGAAAUAUAGAACCAAUAGAACAGGACAGCUGCGUGAUGGAGCAUYCUGCCUACUCUAACCACUGGAUAGAUGCUCUUCCUGCCCCCUGUCACUGAGCUAUUCCAGCUGGUCUCAUGGUCUCAGCCCUUAGUUGCACUGGAGAGGCUGAGAGUGGGACUUUGCGUGAUUAAACAGCCAGCUGGUAGGUACAGAUGUAAGAACUGGA